GGUGGCAUUGGCCAUGGUUGUGUCGCCGCGCAGCCUCGCCUGUGGCGCCUCUCUCUCCGCCGCGGCAGUGGAAUACCGGCGCCUGGCCAUGGCGCGAGUCCUGGCAGCCAGAAUGCCCGCUCUUCUUCGCGAAUCCGUGGGAUCCAGGGUUCUGGUAUCGGCGGUCUCGAAGAGGAGCUUCGCCGCGCACGCUGGGCUUUCCAGGGAUUCCAGCAAUCUCUCCAGCAGAUUACCUGUGCAGGUAUCAUGGAGAAAGCACACUGAGAAAUCCUUUGCAAGACCCGCAGCAGUGGAGGAGCCACCCGAGCUCACGAAGAAGAGGCUCUCGCGAGACGAGCGUGCAGCACUAGUCAAGUCAUUCGUGGAAAAGUAUGCGUCGGAGAACAAUGGAGAGUUUCCAACUCUGGCUCUCGUCCUGAAGGAGACGGGUGGCUCGCGAGCCGUGGUGAAGGACAUCCUUGCAGACCUUCAAAGCAGUAUAACGGUGAAAGUGGAAGUCACUGCUACGCCGUCGACAGAAGAACCAUUACCCAAAGUCGAGCCUCCGAACGUUGCGAAAGCGUCGAGUCCGGCAGCAGCUGCAGUGAGCGAAUCCGAAGAGGAAGACGAGUCGGAAGAAGAAGAGGAAGUUUUGGAAGAGAAAACUUCUACUGCUCCUCCGCCAUCCAGCAGUGCUCCUGAAGAGAAGAUAACGAGCCUGAAAAGGGCUGCUGGCGAAACUCCUGGUGAAAUCAACAGCACCUACAUCGACAUUCUGUCGAGGUUGAAAAGCCUCGGCACCGAACGAAAAAAAGAAGAGACUGCAGCAGCUGUCGAGUCUGCUGCGUCCGAAACGGAGGAGAAAGAAAUCAAGCGGCCAAGUUUCGCAGCGAGAAUUCUUCCUCCUCGGCAUGGAAUGUUCGUCAGGUUUCUCAAUCCGGCGGCAACGGAGGAGGAUCUAAAGCAGGCCUUUGGAGACUGUGGAGAGAUAUCAAGAGUUUCAGCGGUCAAGCCAAUGAAACCCACUGCAAAGUUUACGUACGGUUUCAUUGAUUUCAAGACUGCGGAUGGUUUGAGCAAUGCUCUAAGGAAGAACGUUGUAAUUCUUGGGAACAAGGUGGAGACAGAGGCAGCACCGACACAAAACACGCAGCUUUCAGACGUUGCACCGAAAAUCAAAGAGCCUCAACCUGCUGGGGGCGGACUCAUCGACAACCUGGUCUCCAAAGUCGUAUCCAUGGUUCCUCCAAACACAGAAAACGCAAAGAACCAGAUGUCUCAAACACCGAGAGUAUGGAACGGCCAGGACGCUCCUCGGUUCAGCCAGCCAGGGAUGAUGAAUAUGAACAAAGCAGGAGGAGCUGUUGGUGAAAGGCCAGACUUUAAGCCGAAAGGGAUGGGAUUUCAAAAGAACGAAAUGAUGCCGCCACCCAGGAACGAGAUGCAAAUGCCACCGAGAAACGACUUCACACCAAGGAACGAUAUGCCGCCUCGAAUGGAUACGCCAUUCCCGAGGAACGAUAUGCCUCCUCCAAGGAUGGACAUGCCGCCACCACCGCCGCCACAGAUGCAGCAGCCGCCGAGACAGCUUCCACCGAGAAACGAAAAUGGAGGAUUUGUUUCGCCGAUUCCACCUCUUGGCGACCCGCAGAAGAUGAGGAAGGACCUGUCCGUGUGUGUGGAGAACUUACCACCGACGACCAACGUCACGCAACUCAGGGACGCGCUCGCGAUCCAUGGCGAGAUCUACGCAACUUACUUGAAGCACCGGGACAUGAAUUCAUCGACGUAUGUCUUCGAGUAUUUGACCGACGAAGGAAAAGAGAGCGCUUUGAGUGCUCACUGGGUCCAUAUCAACGGGCAGUUAGUGCGGAUCUCCAGAGCAGACGUCCCAAAGACGACGGUGGUGAGAGUUUCAAACAUCUCGCCCAGCACUCCGGACAGCGAGUUUAUCAACGCAUGCAAGUCGUGCGGCCAAGUCGAAAGAGUGGAGUCGAGACGGGAUCGCGUCAGGGACGUGUUCUACCACCCGGCCGAGACGAGGAACAUGAUAAAAAUCCUCGACAGGCUGAACGAAGUCACGAUCAAUCAGUCUCGAUGGCACGCGAAACCAGCGCCACGGUGCUCGAUCAACAUGCUCAACCGGCCGGAAGGAUCGGAGUUCAUCUGCCAACAGAUCAAAGCGCUGCUGAGAAACCAGGAAAGUAUGCUCCAGCAGCUCCAGAUCGAGCAAAGGGAUCUCCGCGAGCUCUCAAUGUAUGCGGUGGAGAUUCUCAACUCACAGAACAGGAAGUAGCCUUCUAAGAACACACAAGUGGAAGUUUUUGUUUCUUAGGUUUGAUUGAUUCUAAAGUUUCUAGUUUUUGUGAUAACUUUCAGAUAUUCCGUGGUUCUUUGCGGGCAAUAAAUACGCCUCUGUCGAUCCUCCUGGAUCUUCUCACGAAACUGUCCUCACAUGAAAAAUGUGAGAGAACUUAAAAGGAAUGAAGUUUAAGAAAA